AUGAACUCUAUAGUCACUUCGAAGAUAGCUGAGCAAAUCUUUCAGCGGUACGUAGACAGUUUCGCUCCGAAGUGCCCUGUUGUUCUGUUUCCAACUGGCACAACGGCCGCUCUUGUGCGAGAGACCAAACCGUUACUCUUCCUGUCCAUAAUCAGCAUUGCUUCCGCUGGAUACUGCACCGUCGCCCAGCAGAGACACUUGGCAGUUAAGGCCAGGCUUUAUCUCGCAGACAGAGCGAUUGUUUGUGGUGAAAAGUCUAUCGAGCUUGUUCAAGCGCUUCAGGUCGCGUCUUUUUGGUACAGAGCACCCGAUGAUUAUAAGCAGAUGAAUCUGAACCAGUUAGCUUCUAUUUCCUCAACUAUGGCCAUAGAUCUUGGACUGGAUAAUAUUGAGGUAUCAAAACCAGCUGGCACAGCCAAGGAAACGUGGGACCGGGCCGAAGCACAGCGUGCCUGGCUUGGUUGUCUUCUUUUAUCCGCAAGUCUUUCCUUGAUAUUGAGACGACCCAAUUCGCUCGCCUGGAGCUCGCACUAUGAUGAAUAUGUUGCCGAUUUGCGACGGAACAAAGCAUCCCCUACAGAUGAGUUCCUCUGCACAAUUGUAACAACGGAGCUAGCCUGCCACGCCAUAAGUCGCGAGCUAUUUCUGAGUGAUCCAGCCUCUUCGGUAUCCUUAUCCGACCCGGAUAUAUUAAUGAAAGUUCAAAAACACAAAUCUCAAAGCGAAUGCCUGCCUCUUGACCGAAUAUCCUCUAUUGAUAAAUUUGAAUUUGGCAGCUUUGCUAGUUUACUGUACCUACAUGAGUUGGUCUUACAUGUCAACCACAACAUUCAAGAGUUCAAAGCACCUUUUAGUGUGAAGUCCUUGGAGACGUGCAAUUUCAUCGACAUGCACGGUCCUGACCCAUCUUGCCUUUCUAUGCUUCGCACUAUAGUACGGGCGGCGCAAGGACUGCUUGAUUCUUUCCUCAGAUUAUCCACGUCCGACAUGAUUGCCUUACCACCGCAUAUAUACGGCGGUCGCGUGAUAUAUGCCAUGAUCCUUCUGUUGAAGAUACAAAAAGCAAUAACAUUAUCAGGCCAGGCACUCAGCGAAUGCAUUACUGCCGACGAAUUACGAGUGGAAGUGUACCUUGAACGCCUCGUGCUCGUUUCGAAGAGCCUUAUUGCGGAAGAUGCUCGCAGUGCUUUGAGCAGGGCAUUCCUAGUCAUGCCUCAGCUAAAGCAGUGGUUGCACACUCACCAAAUUAAGAACUUGCCCGGAUCAGAUAAAACUGAGAUGGUGGAAGGUCUCCCAUUCCAGACCAGCGAUGGGUCAUUAAGCAUUGGCAUACAAACGCAGACAGCCACCCACAUUGAGCCAACGGAUGGACUUGGACAGCAUUUCCAGCCUGCUGGAACUUCUGACUACCAUACUGUACAUAUUGGGGGAACAGGAUUUGAGCCAUAUCGGCAGGAACUGGCAUCUGACUCUUGGUUCUGGGAAUUCUUCAAUGUUGACAUGCUGCAUCAGAAUGCCCCUCCAUCAUGA